UCCUCUCUCUUUUCUUCGGAAUGGCAGCAGCAACGUCGACGUGCUUCAAGUGUGGCUCGGGCUUCCCCUUUGAGGCGCCUGUUCUCGAGGCGCUCAACCAGAAGUUCCACAAAGAGUGCUUCACAUGCACACAGUGCAACACAGGCUUUUCCGACAACAAGUUUCUCAAGCUCGCAGGCGACCCGUACUGCUCGCAGAGCUGCAUUGACGCGCGCAAUGCUACCGACGUGUGUGCCGGGUGCAAGAAGCAGAUCUCCCUGGCGGUCUCAUCACUGACGGCACUCGGGGCCAAGUGGCACAAUGAGUGCCUGCGAUGCAAGCGGUGCAACGCGACGUUCCCGGCGGGCAAGUUUGUUGUGGCGGAGGAUGCGCCGUACUGCAACCAGGGAUGCGUCGAUGCUGGACAGCCGUGCGGCGAGUGCGGCGGGGCGAUCGAGGACGGCGGGCAGUAUGUGGUGGUCAACGGAUCGACGUACCACCCGGCGUGCCAGCACGCGACGCAGUCUGAGGCGUCAGCUCCUGCGCCGGGUGGGUCUUCAGCGGCGGGAUCGGCUGAGGUUCGCGAGGCGACCGGGAGCGAGACAUGCUGCGUGUGCUCGGGCACGCUUGUGGGCACCUACCUCCUCGCGCUGGACAAGACGUGGCACGAGGAGUGCCUCAAGUGCCUGCAGUGUGCGUCGACCUUCCCUCGCUCACCUUUUCACACCUCGACGGCAAGGUGUUCUGCAACCAGGAGUGCGUAGAGAACUGGCUGCCGCAGGUCCACUGCAGAGCGUGCUCGGCACGGAUUCUCUCGACCGAGGAGUCUAUCGAGGCCAUGUCCAGCCGCUUCCACACCUCAUGCUUCAAGUGCGCUGUCUGCUCUGCUGGCUUUGACGGCCUUCAGUUCAUCGCAGCAGCCGGCAAGCCUUGCUGCUCCUCGCAGUGCGCCGAGUCGCUCGAGGGUCAGGCGUGAUCCUCCCUGUUUCCCUUUCAUGUCUCUCUUCAAACACCACCAGUAUGCCC